AUGGAGACGAGCGAUCCGUCGGGUAGACUAACGGCGGAAGACUUAUCGGAUUGCAUAAGCGACAGCAGUCACUCGGAAUCUCAAUUAAGAGCGUUUCAAAGUUACGAGCGCAUCAAGGAGCUGAAUCUAUCCAUCGACAAAACCAAGGAAGAUGCAUCAACCGAGCCGAAGGACUUUCAUCUUAGUCUCGAUGGAAGCGGCGGCGGCGGCGGUGGUGGCAGGACGUCCUUGCGAUUCGAGGAGUUCCCGUGUGAGAAUUCGGCGAGAAACCUGACGAUGCCAUUGAACAAGGCCAAAGAUUACGGUUACUCCGCCAAUAAUCUGAGCGAAAUAAACUAUCCGUUGGACCGCUCGAACGAGAGCGAGGAAUCGGCAGAUGCGGCGACGACGCUUUGCCGAUCCAAAAAUUCCCAAGCCAAGAACGUGCUGUUCAAUCUGCGCGAGGCCAAGCAAAGGAGUCCUCACACAUCGUUGUCCUCCUUGGACAGGUACAGCAAGGACCUCAACUUCGUGGUGGAGAAGGAGAUGAAGGACUUUAGUCUGCUCAAAAACUACAGUCUUGAUCGUAUGAAGGAGUUCAAUUUUUCUCUGGAUAGAAUGAGGGACAAUCACAUCAGCAGCUUGGCACUCGAAAGACUGCGCGGUGGCGCCGGGCUGCUGGAAAAUCCGGGUAUGCUGGAGCACAAGGAAUUCAGGAACCUACAAGUGCAGCCCAGAAAUCCCGAUCUCGAGGCCAUAGCUUUGGAACGCAUGAGACGCUCGCAUUUACUCGGUACGGAGCUGUCCGCGCAAAACCUAUCGACGCAAGUGCCACAUUCGCAUUCCAUCACGCACAUGCAGCAUUCUCAGCAACAGCAGCAGCAACAAGCCAAGUCCUUCACCAUCGACGCAAUUCUAGGCCUGAGGAAUAAUCAGCGCGAAAAGCGGAGUCAACAGCAACAGUACAGGAAACAUCAAGGUCAGGAAGGUUCGACGAAAAACAGUAGUUCGAGUUCUAGUUCCGGUGGGGGUGGUAAGGUGAAGAGGGUGCGAACGAUCUUUACGGCAGAACAGCUGGAACGUUUAGAAGGUGAAUUCGCACGUCAGCAAUAUAUGGUGGGCCCCGAGAGACUGUACCUGGCUCACGCGCUUCGGUUGACGGAAGCACAAGUCAAGGUCUGGUUCCAGAAUCGCCGUAUCAAGUGGCGAAAACUGCAUCACGAGCAACAAAGCCAAAGGGUGCAUGAAUUUCAGCGCUCAUUAAACUCCUCAUUGGAGCAUGAAGACAGCAACGAGACUGACAAAUGGUGA